UUCCAUAAAUGAAUUACCCGUUCAGCCACUUAAAUAGAAAGGUCGAUAACUCGAGUCGAUUGCCACAAUGCCGCGUAAGUUACAAUCCGGCAGCUACAGAUGUUUUAAUGAUCAUUGCGUGCACAGCAUCCAACUUUACUGUAAGUAGCGCCGAGUCGCCUGCAUGAUAAUGGCUAUUGUUUUUCUUUUGUUUUCCCUUCCAGAUGGCAUUUUCCUAUGCAGAUUCUUUUUGUCAAUUCGUUAUUCAACCUGUCCUUAAUUAAUUAUAGAUGAUUCAUAUCCUUGGCCUGGUGGGGCUGCCAUUUAAGUGCUCGAAAUGGUCAGGCGGUGAGCCGCUGCAUGGGACCGCAGGUUUUGCGGGUUAGAGCCUGUGGUAAAAGGUUAUUACACGCAGAUCGCUUCGCUUCACCUCCUCCUUCUUCUUCUCCUCCUCCUCCUCCACAAGCAACAGCAGCAACGCGGCGUCGGCGGUAGAAGUUGUUUGAGGAGGUGGGCUCUUUCCAAUUGAAGCACCGUCGGAUCAUGGCUAGGCUGCGCAAGAAAGCGUGCGUGGCUCUCUGUCUCUUCACGCUGUUCAUUUUCGGGACGAUGAUGGGUUUGAGGACACUGAAACCGAGCGACGGAUUUUCGGAUUUAGCUCCGGGACUGGAGCUGAUGCCCCUAGCAGCCGACCGGAUGGACCGGCGCUCGGUGUCCAGCGACGUGUUCGCCUCCCCUGCCCACGGUAACGCCGUCGCUAACACCAAAAUCGUCUACGCCAACUCCGAUUCGGAUGGCAGCAUUUACUACGAUAUCCACAUUUUUUACUAUGUCUGGUACGGGAAUCCCAAAGUGGACGGGAAAUAUGUACACUGGGACCACGUGCUCGUGCCGCACUGGGACCCCAAAAUUGCCGCGAGUUACCCUAAAGGCAGACACAUCCCACCGGAGGACAUCGGUUCCAGUUUUUAUCCCGAACUGGGGCCCUACAGCUCGAGGGAUCCAGCCGUCUUGGAAUCUCACAUGGAGCAACUUCGAGCGGCGGCUGCAGGUGUGUUGGUUUUAUCCUGGUAUCCCCCAGGUGUGGCAGAUGACAAUGGAGAGCCAACGGAGGACUUGGUUCCGGCCAUACUGGAUUCUGCUAACCGCCGCAACAUCAAGGUGGCAUUUCACAUCCAGCCAUACAAGGGAAGGACUGACCGUACUGUCCACGACAACAUCAGAUAUAUUAUAGACAAAUAUGGAAAACAUGGAGCCUUCUACCGAUACAAAUCGAGCACCGGCAAGAACCUUCCUUUAUUUUACAUUUAUGACUCCUACUUAACACCACCUGAAUCUUGGGCAAACCUUCUCUCCUCCUCUGGAUCCCACAGUAUCCGUAACACGCCAUAUGAUGGUGUCUUCAUUGCACUAAUUGUGGAGGAAAAACACAAACAUGAUAUACUUUCUGGAGGUUUUGAUGGCAUGUAUACCUAUUUUGCAUCCAAUGGAUUUUCUUUUGGCUCAUCUCACCAGAAUUGGAAGGCUAUCAAAACAUUCUGUGAUGUAAACAACUUAAUGUUCAUACCUAGUGUUGGCCCAGGAUACAUUGACACAAGUAUACGACCGUGGAACAAUCACAAUACAAGAAACCGUGUCAAUGGUAAAUACUACGAAACCUCUCUUCAGGCUGCACUCAUGGUACGGCCAGAAAUUGUCACCAUAACAUCAUUCAACGAAUGGCACGAAGGAACUCAGAUUGAAAAAGCGCUGCCUAAAAAGACUCAGACGCGCAUGUAUCUAGAUUAUCUGCCACACAAACCAGAAUUAUACCUGGAACUCACACGCAAAUGGGCCGAGCAGUUCAACAAAGAAAAGGAGCAAUGGCUCAUGUAAAGAAAGACAUCUGGUUUGAAUUCAAAGAAGCAAAACAGACAGGGUGUCCAGAGCAGAUAUUUUGCUGUGUAGUAUGAAAUGAUCGUCAGCAAAACUAGAAUUUGAAGACCAGGAGCUUUAGCAAGAAGUCUCCUGCAAAGAAGAUGACGGUGCCUGAAACGCCUAAUGCAACCCCUUGAGAUUGUCUGUAUGCUUUUACGAUGAUUAGAGUAGUUGGGGUGGUGGAAGAACAAUAAGAAGGCAUUACCACGUCAGUCUUUAUAAAAUAAGUAAAAGAGCUAAAAAGGACUGAACUGCUUUUCUGAGACCCAAGGAAACAAGUGACAAGAGUUUGCCUGCUAACGUAUAACAUUAGUUUGUUGAGGAAAAGGAUAUAAAAUAUGAAAAUGUGAUAACAAAAGCUGUGAUCAUUUAGUUACAGUAUGUAAUCCCUUGAAUGGAUACAUUUAUUAGAAAUGUCUUUGCACACAAUUGAAAAAUGACUUUUAAACUAUUCUGUAUCAUGAAAGUAUUUGUUUGAGCUACUAAACCUGAACGAAGCAAAGCAAAUUAGCAGACAUUUAACCUGUUGUAAAGAAAACAAAAUGGUAUCUACUGUGAACAAAUAAAGAGAAAUCAGCAUUAUAAUUCAAUACAGUAUUACCCAUUUGUAUUUAUCACAAUAACUUCAUUGAAAACAAAUACUCCUUAACCUUUGGUUAUUUUUGCUCUUCAAACGAGGUAACGUUUCGUGUAUAAGGAUUGCUGUGACAUACAGUUGACCAUCUCUGCAUUUCAAUGCAAUGUCCUGAAGUGUGUCGGUCAUUUAUUGAAUGUUGCUGAGGGUUCUGAGCGUAACUCUUGUUUUUGGUACCAACACUGGAUACUAUUUAAAAAAAUGUAUUUAAAAUGUUAUUUAUAAUAGUUUUGUGAGAAGAUCAAUAAAUAAGCUUAUUUAAAUAUAACUAAAGAUGAUAUAUUGGACAAUUUUAAAAAUAAAGUGUUAUUUACCUUUA